AUGCACGUACACGAGCGGCGUGAUGCCCCCCCGAGCGGCUUCGUGAACAGUGGCUCUGCUUCCGCUGAACAAACCCUCACCCUCCGCCUUGCGCUCGUGCAGAGCGACGCUCAAGGGCUGGAGGGUGCGCUUUACGCCGUUAGCACCCCCGGUAGCCCCCAAUAUGGCCAGCACCUGUCUAAGGAAGAGGUCGAGGCUCUCGUCGCGCCCUCAUCUGAGACGCUUGCAGCCGUCAACGAAUGGCUCUCAGCCAACAACCUCACGUCUUCCAAGGCCUCGCCUGCCGGCGACUGGCUUACGGUCGACACGACUGUCGAGACAGCUAACAAACUCAUAGACGCAGAUUUCACCAAAUUUACGCACCUUGAUACCGGAGUCCAAACCGUGCGCACGUUGAAGUAUUCGAUCCCUGUCUCCUUGAAGGGCCACAUCAGCCUCAUACAUCCCACCGUCGGGUUCCCUGUGAAGAAUAUCAUCAAGCCCGUCAUCAAGCCCUAUCCAUCUUCCACCCCGACCUCAAACGCUGUACCCGCGUCCUGCGCGACCCAGGUCACACCUUCGUGUCUGCAGGCACAGUAUGGAAUCCCUGCGACCCGGGCGAAACAAUCGUCCAACCAGCUCGGUGUGUCCGCUUUUGGCGACGAGUUUGCCAGCAACAGCGAUCUACAAAGCUUCCUGAAGCAAUUCCGGCCGGAUCUGCCAUCUACGUCCAGCUUUACGCUUCUGAGUGUCGAUGGCGGGCAAAACGAUCAAAGCCAGCCCGGCAUUGAAGCGAAUCUCGAUAUUCAGUACACCGUCGGUGUUGCUUCGGGCGUGCCCAAUACCUUCGUCUCAGUCGGUGAUAAUAAUGAAGACGGCCUGGAUGGAUUUUUGGACGAGAUAAAUCAAUUGCUCAGCCUUUCCAAUCCGCCUCAGGUUUUGACCACGUCAUACGGCUUCAACGAGAAUGAUCUUCCUAUAGACCUUGCUACAAAUCUGUGCAACGCAUAUAGUCAGUUGGGCGCCCGUGGAGUCUCCAUCUUGUUCGCUUCUGGUGACGGAGGUGUUUCAGGUGGUCAGUCCCAGGACUGCACUACUUUCGUCCCGGUCUUCCCAGGGACCUGUCCAUUCGUGACGUCCGUCGGAGGCACACAGGGUGUUAGCCCCGAAAUCGCCGCCUCUCUAUCUUCAGGCGGCUUCUCCAACUACUUCGCCCGUCCGUCCUACCAAGCCAACGCCGUCUCAAGCUACUUGAAAGGCCUCGGCAAUACCAACGCUGGCCUUUUCAAUAAGACCUCCCGUGCGUUCCCUGACAUCGCAGCCCCAGCUGAGAACGUCGUGAUCGCCUUAAGCGGCCAGUUCGGCCUUGUUGCCGGAACGAGCUGUGCCAGCCCGAUUUUUGCGAGCGUCAUUGCGCUCAUCAACGAUCAGCUCAUCACCGCUGGAAAGAAGCCGCUCGGGUUUUUGAACCCAUUCAUCUAUAAAAACCCGGGCGCGUUCCACGAUAUCACGUCUGGCAACAACCCAGGCUGCAACACCAAUGGAUUCCCUGCAAAGGCUGGCUGGGACCCUGUGACGGGCUUUGGAUCGCCCAAUUUCGCCGCGUUGAAAAAGGCGGCGGGGUUGUAACAGACGGCGCGUGUGUGCGUGUGAGGUAUUAUUUCUUUGAUGUUUGACGCUGUCGGACGCCUGUUGCAUUGCGUGUGAAAGGAUAGCUACGAACUGGGGUUAUUUGGUGUAUAUCAAUGAGUUUUCUCGGGAACUAUGCAAUGUCCGUGUACGUGGUG